GCGCCUUAAGUGGGACGGGGUGGGGGGGAAUGUAGUCGAUAGCGAAGGAUACACAGAAGCGCACACUCCUGCAUGCAGCCACAUCUGGCUUUACAGUGGAGCACAGACCAUAUGUGUACAUGUGAGCACUGAGGAGUGGAGGGCUUCACAACUCGAUUGAGGAGUAAAUAUAAGAAAAUGGACCCGGAGUUAUGGAUUUAAAGUGCAGAGGACUUGAAAUGGGCGGUCUACUGGUGGCGUUGCUGCUCUGGAGUUGCCUUCUGUCGGCGGUUGACGGGUCACCGCUCCUUCUUUUUUGCCAAUCGGCGUGACGUGCGAUUGGUAGAUGCAGAUGGGGUCCGAGGGGGAGUCCGCCAUCAUCGUGAGUGACCUGGAAGAUGCAGCAGCUGUGGACUUCUUGUAUUCUGAACGUCUGAUAUUUUGGACGGAUGUCAGUGAAGAAGCCAUCAAACAGACUCACUGGAAUCAGUCUUCUAACUCCCUUAAAGAGGCACUAGGAACAGGCCAGACUGUGGUAGUAUCAGGGUUAGACAGUCCUGAUGGGCUGGCCUGUGACUGGUUGGGUAAAAAGCUCUACUGGACGGACUCAGAGACCAAUCGCAUUGAAGUGGCCAACCUAGAUGGAACCUCAAGAAAGGUGUUGUUCUGGAUGGACUUGGACCAGCCCAGGGCGAUCGCUCUCAACCCUGGCCAACGCUACAUGUACUGGACAGACUGGGGGGAGGAACCCAGGAUCGAGCGUGCUGGCAUGGAUGGCAGCAACAGGAAAGUAAUAGUGAAUGAGGACAUUUACUGGCCCAACGGUCUCACCAUAGACCUGGUGGAACAGAAGUUGUACUGGGCUGAUGCCAAACUCAGCUUCAUUCAUAGAGCCAAUCUGGAUGGAUCGGCACGUGAAACAGUGGUGGAAGGCACCCUGACCCAUCCUUUUGCCCUGACAUUGUCUGAGGAGACAUUAUACUGGACCGACUGGCAGACUCGUUCCAUCCACGCCUGUAGCAAACACAGUGGAGACAAAACCAGAGAGAUCCUCAGUGGGAUUUACUCUCCUAUGGACAUACAGGUUCUGGAGCCCUACCGCCAACCAGACAUCCAGACACCAUGCAGUACCGAUAAUGGAGGCUGCAGUCACCUCUGCUUACUCUCUCCAGUUGAGCCUUUCUAUAGCUGCGCCUGCCCCACUGGCGUGCAGCUUAAACCAGACAGAAAGACAUGCAAACCAGGAGCAGAGCAAGUUCUGUUGCUGGCUCGACGGACGGACCUUAGGAGGAUCUCACUGGACCUGCCAGAUUUCACAGACAUAGUACUGCAGGUUGAUAACAUUCGCCAUGCCAUAGCUAUAGAUUAUGACCCAGUUGAAGGUUAUGUCUAUUGGACGGAUGAUGAGGUUCGGGCCAUUCGACGAUCGAGCAUUGAUGGCAGUAAUGCAACGAUGUUGGUUACCACGGAGAUCAACCACCCAGAUGGCAUUGCUGUCGACUGGGUUGCCAGAAACCUGUACUGGACUGACACUGGCACUGAUCGGAUUGAGGUUACCAGGCUAAAUGGAACCUCUCGGAAAAUUUUGAUUUCUGAGAACUUGGAAGAACCCAGAGCCAUUGUUCUGGACCCUGUUAAUGGUUACAUGUACUGGACUGACUGGGGUGAGCAUCCGAAGAUUGAGCGAGCCAAUCUGGAUGGAACAGCCCGGCUGGUCUUGGUCAAUAGCUCUCUGGGCUGGCCCAAUGGACUGGCUAUAGACUAUACAGCAGGAAAACUUUACUGGGGAGAUGCCAAAACAGAUAAGAUAGAGGUGAUCAGUGUGGAUGGUAGUAACAGACAGACUCUACUAGAGGACAAGCUGCCUCAUAUCUUUGGUUUUACUCUAUUGGGGGAUCAUAUCUACUGGACUGACUGGCAGAGACGGAGCAUUGAGAGGGUCCACAAAACCACAGCUGUACGAGAGAUCAUUAUCGAUCAGCUGCCAGAUUUAAUGGGGCUGAAGGCAACUAAAGUGACAGAGACCUUUGGUACAAACGGCUGUGCUGGUGAUAAUGGUGGAUGUAGCCAUCUGUGUUUCUGGCGUCAGCAGGCUGUCAGCUGUGCCUGUCCAAUGGGGAUGGAGCUCCUGUCAGACCUCCAGACCUGUGUGGUGCCCGAGGCCUUCCUGCUCUUCACUAAUAGGGACAACAUCAGGAGUAUUUCUUUAGGUACCAACAGCAAUGAUGUGGUCAUUCCUGUGACAGGAGUUAAAGAGGCCUCUGCUCUUGAUGUUUACGUCUAUGAAAGAAGAAUAUAUUGGACAGACAUACAGGCAAAGACAAUCAGCAGAGCCUACAUGAAUGGCAGCUCUGUAGAACACAUUAUAGAGUUUGGACUGGACUACCCAGAAGGCAUGGCAGUUGACUGGAUGGGUCACAACAUUUACUGGGCAGAUACAGGCACUAACCGCAUUGAAGUGGCCCGGUUGGAUGGCCAGUACCGACAGGUUCUGGUCUGUAAGGAUCUUGACAAUCCUCGAUCAUUGGACAACCCACGAUCACUAGCACUGGACCCAGCCAAUGGCUACAUGUACUGGACAGAGUGGGGAGGUCGGCCACGCAUAGCCAGAGCCUACAUGGAUGGCAGCACCAUCACAACAUUGGUGGAUAAAGUGGGCCGUGCCAAUGGACUGACCAUUGACUAUGUAGACCAUCGUCUCUACUGGACUGACCUAGACACAUGCAUGAUUGAAAGCACCAACAUGCAAGGCCUUCAGAGAGAGAUCAUAGUAGACGACCUGCCUCAUCCCUUUGGUCUCACACAGUACCGCGAUUUUAUCUAUUGGACUGAUUUUAACCUGCGUAGCAUUGAACGUGCAGACAAACGCAGCGGAUACAACCGUACUGUGGUGCUGCAGGGCCAGCUUGAGCUGAUGCUGGACAUCCUGGUCUUCCACUCUUCUCGUCAGGAUGGCACUAAUGAGUGCACACACAACAACGGCAACUGUGCCCACCUCUGCCUGGCCACUCCUGCUGGUGCCCAGUGCCGGUGUGCCUCCCACUACACCUUGAACCCAGAUGGACGAAACUGUAGCUCUCCUUCAAGUUUCCUGCUCUUCAGUCAAAAGGCUAGCAUCAGCAGAAUGGUUUUAGGAGAGCAGAGUCCCGACAUCAUCCUUCCUAUCCAUGUAAUGAGAAAUGUUCGAGCUGUCAGCUAUGACCCGGUGGAACGACUGGUGUACUGGCUCGAUGGGCGACAGAAUAUACGCAGAGCCAGAGAUGAUGGGGCCAUGUCGUCAAUGAUAGUCAGCAGCACUGCUCAACCAGUGGACAACCAGCUUCAUGACCUGAGCCUGGAUCCCUAUAGUCGGAACAUCUACUGGACCUGUGAGACAACCAACACCAUCAACGUCAAGAGGAUGGAUGGUCACACUGUGGGCGUGGUCAUCAAGGAUGACACAGACAAGCCAAGGGCCAUUGUGGUCAAUGCUGAGAAAGGGUACAUGUAUUUCACCACAGUGCAGGAGCGCUCAGCUAAGAUUGAAGGUGCCAGUUUGGAUGGUACAGAGAGGGAGUCUUUGUUCACCACUGGCCUCAUCAGACCAGUAGCUCUGGCACUCGACAAUAAGCUGGGAAAACUAUUCUGGGUUGAUGCUGACCUUAAACGCAUUGAGAGCAGUGACCUGACAGGAGCAAAUCGCAUUGUCCUACAGGACUCAAACAUUCUCCAGCCUAUGGGGCUGACAGUGCUGGGUGACCAUCUGUACUGGAUUGACCGUCAGCAGCAGAUGAUUGAAAGGGUGGACAAGCUUACUGGAGAUGGGCGCACACGCAUACAGGGACGGAUAUCAUACCUUACCUCCAUCCACGCUGUGGAAGAGAUCGACCCACAGGAGUUUGCGUCCCACCCAUGUUCUCGUGACAAUGGGGGCUGUUCUCACAUCUGCAUUGCGAAGGGUGAUGGAACACCUCGCUGCUCCUGUCCCAUGCACCUGGUGUUGCUGCAGGACCUGCUGCACUGUGGAGAGCCACCUACCUGCUCAACAGAGCAAUUCACCUGCUCCACAGGGGAGAUUGACUGCAUUCCGAUGGCCUGGCGUUGCGACGGCUUUCCAGAAUGUGAAGAUGGCAGUGAUGAAGACAACUGUCCCAUCUGUUCUGCAUACCAGUUCCGAUGUGACAAAGGAGGCUGCAUUGAUGCUCAGAGACGCUGCAAUGGUGAAUUGGACUGUGCUGAUCACUCUGAUGAGCAGGACUGUGAAACUAUCUGCCCUCCCAACCAGUUCCGCUGUGGUGACAAUCAGUGUAUCACAAAGAAACAACAGUGUGACAAUUACUCCGACUGUCCUGAUGGAUCAGAUGAACUCGCCUGCGAGCAUGUGUCACCUCCCUCCAGUGGCAUCCCUAGCACUGGGCCCAACACUAUCGGCCCAGUUAUUGCCAUCAUCCUGCUCGUCUUCAUCAUCGGGGGAGCUUAUUUUGUCUGCCAGCGUGUGGUGUGUCGACGAUACAAAGGCCCCAGUGGGACUUUCCCUCAUGAGUACAUCAGCGGGACGCCCCAUGUACCUCUCAACUUCAUCACCCCCAGCGGUUCUCAGCAUGGUACCUAUCAAGGUAUCUCCUGUGGGAAGUCCAUGAUGAGUUCUGUCAGUCUGAUGGGCAGCAGCAGCAGUGGAGCUCCUCUUUAUGAUAGAAAUCAUGUGACUGGAGCUUCAUCCAGCAGCUCUUCAUCUACAAAGGGAGCCUUCUAUCCUCAGAUCCUGAACCCUCCUCCCUCUCCAGCCACUGACCGCUCUCUCUACAACACAGAGAUCUUCUACUCCUCCAACAGUCCAUCUACCACCAGAUCAUAUAGACCCUAUAACCCGGUCCGUGGCACCGUCCCACCUACCACUCCCUGCAGUACCGAUGUCUGCGACAGCGACUACACUCCCCACCACCCGCCGGCUGGGCUGGGGCUGUCAGUGGGUCGCUGGAAGGGCUCUGGCCACGGCAGCCACACCAAACACAAGUACUACAUGGACCUCAACUCAGACUCUGACCCAUACCCUCCACCCCCCACGCCCCGAUCCCAGUAUAUGUCAGCUGAGGAAAGCUGCCCUCCAUCCCCUUCUACAGAGCGUUCCUACUUCCACCUAUGUCCCCCUCCUCCCUCUCCCUGCACUGACUCUUCAUGACCCUCAACAGCCUGGGACCCCUGUGAGAAAGAAAGGGAUGAAGUCAGCUAGCUACAAGGACUUCAUAUCAGCUGAUUAGGCUCAAGUGCCUUAUUGGUCCUUUUAUCAUUCCAGUCAUCCAGGAGUUCUCAGGGUGGCCAUUGUCUAAUCUUCCAAAUGCCCUGCUUGAACAUUCACUCGUUUGGAACAGGUUGAAGGUUCAAGGCUGUCCCUGCCAUGCCUCAGGGCAUUCCCUCUUUAAGUUUCAUUCCAUGGAAUGAAGAAACCUUCCUGUGCUGGGCCAGUUUUGGGUUUCCAUCAGUCCAAAAAGGAUCCUGAUUUCUCAUGCUGCUUCCUCUUCAGCAUGCAGUGACCUCACCAACCGAGUGUGAAAACCACAGAUCCAGUGCAUCCAAUAGACCACCACCUCAUCUCCCCCAAUCUUCACAGAAUUGUCUUGUCCUUCCUCACAGCAUCUGUGUCAGCAGGACUGUAUAUACUGUAGUGUAAAAAAUCACAUGAACAAAAAAACCCAACAACAAAUAAUGGAAAUGUUUUUCAUACUUUAUUCAUAGUGGGUGAUCCACAGCUUGACAGAAAACAAAGGACAGUGGAGUGAGUGAGUGUGUGAAUGAAGGAUGAAUGAAUAUACAUGAGCAUACAGGUAUGUGAAGGCUUGCUGGGUGAAUUGGAAAAAUCUGAUGACUGAUUUAUAAUAUGUACACUAAAAAAUAACAGAGUGGAUGAUCAAAGAGGUGAAGUCUGCUUCUUUUCCCACAUUGUGUUCUUCCAUUUCAAACUUUGAAUCCUCCAUAGCUGAACCCUGUGCCUUGUGAAGAAGUAAAGCCUUCUCCAGUCAACAAAGCGACUGCUAACAGUCUCUUCAUUGAGUAAAGUCACCGCCUGCCUGCAAUACACCAGACGAAUGCCAACAUGUAAAGCUAUUGUAAAUAUGUGUAAUGAAGUCAGUGAUUGAGAUAUGAGAAAUUAAUGCUUUUUGGUGUAACUAAGAACCUCUUCCAUCACUUUUUCUGUACUCUCAUCAUCCUGUUUACCAAAAAUAUGUUUGCUGCUAUUGUGUACAUACGAUAUCAGUUACUAUCAUUACACAGAAAGGCCAAAAUUGCCACUCUUAUCCUGACGGUAGAUCGUGAAGCUACUUUACAGUUAAUAACAAAUUAUUCUUAUAGCCAUGUUUGUUCUUUGUACUUUGUAUGUAGAUCAUUAUGUAUGUCUCUGUGUCAGUUGAAAUGUUUGGUUUGAAGGAGUUAUUUUUGGAAGGAGGUUGAAAGGUUGAAAACCUCCAUGCUUCAGAUGACUCUUCCCUGAUCUCGCCACAAAGUCUUUUGUGUGUUUUCGUACAAUGAACUCAUCACUGCAUAACCUGAGCUUGAAGGAUGGUUUAGAUGCUGUGAGUCUAACACACACAGUUUGAAGCAUCCUGAGUAAUCCCGAACACGUCGAGGCAACUGUUGCUUUAAUAUGGAACUGUAUAAAUAAAAUGUAAUUAAAUUGGAUUAAAUUAAACCAAAGGUAGCAGUUGCCUCAGAUUAGACAAACUUUCUGGCCUGUGAGCUUUGCCACAUUUUGUAAGAUAAUAACUACUGGAGAGAUUUUGGUGAAGUUGUCUAUUAGUAGUCCACUGAGGAUGAAAUCUUGAGACUUUGCUGACCCAUUAAUCUUUGCUCAUUACAUACAAGAAAUUGAUGUCGUAAUAACAGCUGGUGAUCAUGCUCCUAAAGGAAUGAACACUUUUAAACUUACGAAUGACCUGUUUUAAUUUGAUUGUGUCCUGCUUCAAAGAAAUAAUUUUCUCCAACGAUAUUUCAUGUUGCUCCAAAGGGCACAACUUUAUUCACUUCCUAUAGGAAUAUUUGUCGCUGUUACUGUAAAGACUAUGGAUUGGCAUGAGAAUAACCAUUUUCUUUUUCCAGCACAGUGCUAGCAAAGUUCAAAGACAGAUAGUGGGUCAGAAAAGUGCUUCUUUUAGCAGUCAUCAAGGUGAAAGUGUCCUUUGUUGCCCCUUUGUGCCUGGAAGAAGUUCACCUGUGUUAGAUGAGUUAGAGGGAAGUGCAGUUUGGCAGCACUUUGUAAAGGUCAGGAAUUGCAUGGUCUUGGAGUAAGCUUUGUUCCUGUUGCCUGAUUAAAUUAUCUCCAGUCAGGUGACAUUACAGCUAAAAUAGAUUUCCAGCUUAGGUAGCUGAAGUUGGGUGCUUUCUUAGCAGCACAACACAUUUAUGUUGAGGGCUGUAGGCCCUACCUCAAACCACUGUGUCAGUAAAACCUUGUACUUGUUGUCUCUGCUAAGAAUGCUUUGCGUAAUUUACCCUUGUGACAUUUUUUGUAUCAAAAGCAUUUUUAUAUAAUAAAGGUUUUAUUUUAA